AGAGCCUUUCGCACGUGAGCGACAUCAAAGUGAGAGAUUCUAUAGUCAUCAGUGUUGAAAUUUGAAAUCAACGUUAUCUCAUUCUUAUCAGUCAUCAGCCGUAUUAUUAUCCGUAGAGAGAUGGGAAACGAAGGAAACAAAACUGUGAAAUAUAGUUUAAUUACCCUAAAUGUUUUUCUAAUAUUUUUUGGUAUUGGCUUGUUGAUUGCCACACCUUUUGUAAAAUAUAAAAUAGAUGAUCUUAAGAUUGCUUUUGAUGAUGACUUUGAGGCAUGCUAUCUUACAUCCCUUAUUGUUGGAAGUGUUCUAUUCCUUCUUGGUACCUUUGGAUUUUUAAGUAUCUAUAAAGAAAAUUGUUGCCUAAUGACUAUAUAUUGUAUACUACUAUUUAUCAUUUGUGGCGGAAUGAUUACUCUCUGUUCAAUUGCGAUAUACCUUGAUAACACUAUAUAUAACGAUAUGGAAAGAAAUCUGCAUAAUUCAAUGCUUGCUUACUCAAGGAAUAACGAAACAAGGGAAUCUUUUGAUAAAUAUCAAAAGGAAUUUCAAUGCUGUGAGUUUGGUUCUAAGAAAUGGUUCGAUACAGAAAAUGGAACUGUUUUUAUUCCAACCUCUUGUGAUUGUCCUAAAGAAGAUGUAAAUGAUGGAAAUAUAUGUAUCAAUUAUAAAGGAAAGUCUAUUUUCAAAAUAUCAUGUCUCACUUACCUUAAAGAUAAGGUGGACUAUAUUAGGAUAGGACUUAUUGCAUUUGGGUACUUUGUGGCAUUAUUACAAGUAUAA